GUACAAUUUGAAUUUUCAACGAGUCGUCAACAAUCGUUGUAGAGAACCAUCGCGCCAAAGUGAGUGACAAUGAGCUGGGCGGUGGAGGAGUGGAAGGAUGGACUUCCGGGAAAGGCCCUGCAGAAGAUCCGGGAGAUGGAAGUCCAGCUGGACAAAGUGAAAAAGGAGAGAACUCAAAAGCAGUUCCAGAUUGACUCUCUGGAGGCAGCCCUACAGAAGCAGAAACAAAAGGUGGACAGUGAACGCAAUGAGACAUCUGCUUUGAAAAGAGAGAACCAGUCUUUAGUAGAGUCAUGUGACUCUGUAGAGAAAGCUCGCCACAAGGUUGUACAUGAUCUGGGGAUCAAAGAGCAGCAGGUGACAUAUUUGGAGGGGCAGCUUAACACUUGUAGGAAGACUAUAGAGCGACUGGAGCAGGAGCUAAAGAAGUAUAAAACUGAACUGGAUCGUUCUCAACCUGCUGGCUCUUCCUCCUCGUUAUCAUCCUCGGAGCUGCAGCCAUUUGUUACACCCCAGAAGAGUUUCCCCACUCCAGUUUCAGUUUACAGACCGCAAGAUAAACUAGAAGACCUUCAAGAGAAAUACAACCAGGAAGCAGAAGAAAGAAAAAGGCUAGAAAAUGAACUAAAAGUCCUGCAGGUCAAACUCUUGAGUCAGUCGUCAGUAAGCGUGAGCCACAAAGACAUGGCUGGUCGCCAAGGUGGAUCCUCUAUAUUCCCAUGGCAACAGCAAGAUCAGGCCCACGCACGCCAGUCUCAGGAAGUUAAGGAAACGCCUCUGAAGAGGCGGGGCACGUCCCUCUGGGAUGCCCAUGAGGACACGCCCAUCAAACCCAGCCAGCGGAUGAGCUCUACCAGAACAGCACCGAGUCCCGGUGGAUCCCAACAGAUGGAGCAACUGAAAAUCCUAAAUCAAGAGCUUCGUGGGCGUGUGUCAGAGCUGGAGAGGAGCAUGUCCAGUCACGAGAGAGAGCUUAGUAGUCAGGCCUCCAAACUGCAGGACCUGCAAGUCCAACUGACCCAGGCCCGCAAAGACCUGAAUGAACGGGACCGAGACUUGGCCAAGACAAGCCAUGAGCUGCGUCAGACCACUGACAGACAUCAGCAGCUUGAGGUCAAGUGUUCUUCAGUAGAGCAGAAGCUGAAGCAAGUUACAGAGGAGAUGAGCUGUCAGAGACACAAUGCUGAGAGCUGCAAACGAGCACUGGAACAGAAAGUCAAGGACCAGGAGAGAGACAGCCAGAAGGAGCAAGCUCAGCUGCAAAGAUCUAAUCAGGCUUUGGAGCAACAGAUGGAGCAGACCAGAACUAAGUUAACACAAGAGAUCCAACAGUCCAAAAAAGACAACAAUAUACUGCAGACUGAUUUGGAGAAGAUGUGUUCUCAGAAGUGUCAGCUUGACAGGGAGGUGGAGGAGCAGAAACAGAAGCUGCUGCGUUCACAUCAGAGCCUCCAGGCCAGCCAGACCAAAGAGGAGGACCUCCGCAAGAAACUCGAGGAGCAUCAGCGAGAGAAGAACAGUACUUCUGUCCAGCUGGACCAGAGCAACAGACGCCUGUCACAACUAGAGGAUGAGAAGAAGACCAUGGACCAGACUCUCAAACGCACCCAAGGCCUCCUGGAUGACCUCAAAGGAAAAUGUGAACGUCAACAUGAAGAGCUGAAGAGACUUCAGUGCAAACUGGAGCAGCAGUCUCAAGCUUCGACGCUGGAACUUGAAAACCUAAAGAAGACUCUGUCUGACGCAGAGACAAAAAAUGAAUGGUCCCAGAAGGAAAUACAGAAGCAAAAGCAAGAUGCAGAGCAGCUGAGCAACAAGUUGACAGAGGCUGUGAAAGAGAGUCAAGAGCUGAAGAAAAGUCUUGGUGCGAGUCUUGAUGAGUGCAAGCAGCUGACACAAAAGCAUCAAGUUCUGCUGGAGUGGAAGAACGAGAAAAAUACCAUCAUCAGCGAUGUAGAGGCCACACAGAAGGAACUCACUGACAAAAUCAGUGUGUUGGACAAAAGUCUGUGUUCACAGAAUGAGGCUAACGAAGAACUGCAGAAGCAUCUUAGGUGUGCAGAGGAGAACCAGGCCAGGAUGUCGACACAAAUUGACAGCCUAAAGGGAGAACUCCUCAUCAAGAGUACAGAGCUGGAGGAGAAGGAGCAUCAGUACAAGGAUCUCCAGACUAAAUCCUCUGAGGCUGUACAGAAACACACAAAGGAUCUGGAAAAUGUUGGUGCACAGGUGACCCAGCUUGAAAUACAGGUCAGAGAUCUUCAGUCGCAGCUGGAAAAGGAAAUUGCCCGAGCAGAGGAGGCUGAGAGGAGCAUCACUCAGCUGCAAGAUGAGCAGCGAGCAGCCUCCGACCUGGCGCACUCCAAAGAACAAGUGAUUGAACUCGGCCUAGCUGAAAUAUGCCAGCUGAGAGACACCCUUGCUCAGGCCACUGCAGAGCACGAAGAGAGAAAUUUAAGAUUAUCAGAGGAGAAAGCAGCUGUGUUGAGAAAAUGUGAGGAAAGCAUUGCAGUGAAGGCAGAGGAGACGACGCAAAUCAAGUUACAGUUGGAGGAAACUCAGCAAGAGCUCCUACUCACCAAAAAACAGAUCAGCUCCAUGGAUCAGUUGCUGAAAGCUCAGGAGCAGUUUGGAGCAGAGCUGCAGAAACAAAGUAAGGAGAUGUCAGAGCGCGAGGAGGAACACAAAAGGAUAGAUGCGGAAAAGGUGCAAAAACUGCAACAGCUUGAGGAGGAGCUGAGGGAGGUGUGUGCCCAAGUAACAGAGAAAGAGAGGCUGCUCGGAGAAGACCGGGCUCGGCUUUUGUCUCUGGAGAAACAAAAUGAAGACCUGGAAAAAGCUUCUCAAAAGAGGGUGAAAGAAACGGAGUUCCUCAAAGAUACACAUGCUGAGAAGGUAAACAAGCUGCAGGAGCAAAUAUCUUCUUUAGAGGAGCAUGUAUCUGCAAGCAAAGAUGCAGCUGAGAAACUCCCACUUUUAAAAAGUGAACUUGAGGUGGUCAACCGCUCACAUGCCGACCUCAAAAUGCACCUGGAUGCUCUUGAAAGGAGUCUCUCCUCCAUGACUGAAGUCAAGACCAACUUGGAGAACACACUGACUGAGAGAGUAAAUCUGGGUUCUGCUUUGGAAAAAGAAGCUGCAGAGCUCAGACAGAAGGUGAGCCAACUAUCUGAGAGUCAGGCUUUGGAGGUCCAAAGUUUCCUCAGCAAGGAAAAGAGCCUCCGAGAACGGUGUGAAGCUGCAGAGAAUGCCACCGAAGCCGAGUUGAGUAACGUCCGAACACGAGUGAAGACCAUGAAGGCAACUCUGUCUGCAGCCUCGCAAGGUUUGGAGGAAAGAGACGCCAGCAUAAAGAGUCUGAAGGAGAAGCUGAACUGUGCAGAAGUAGAACAUGCCAAGACUACUGAGGUCCUGAAAGAGAAGAUGGUUGCCAUGAACAAAAUCAAGGUGCAGCUUGAGAUGCUUCAGAUGGACCUGGAAGACAACGAGACAACUGUCAACUGUUAUGAAAAUCAAAUGGAGACUCUGAACGAAACCAUCCAGUCACUGGAAUCUGCGUUAGCUCAGAAACAAAGCCAGAUGUCGGACAUGGUGGUCCGACUAGAGGACAGCAAAGCCCAGGUCUCCGUUUUGGAAGCACGGUUGGAGGAGGUCCAGUCUCAGAACUCCAUGCUGGAGACAAAGUAUGUUACAGCCAGAGAGGAAGUGUUGGAGAGGAGUUGUGAGAUAACUCGCCUGGAGGGGGACACUGUCAAAUGCAGUCAGUUAGAAGAGGAAGUUGCCACUUUGAUGGCUAAAGUUGCUACUCUCAACCAGAUAAUCAAAGACAAAGAUGAUGAUGACAAAGUGUCACUUCAGGAGAAAAAUAACUUCGAGGCAACUCUGAAACAAUUAGUCAAUGACAAACAGCAAUUACAAACUGACAUGAGCGAGGUGACUGUUCAGAAGCAGAAGUUGGAAAGCAGGCUUGACGUGUUAGCUGAGGAGAACAAACACCUGCAGAUCAAUGUGAAAGUUUUAACUGAGGAGAAGCAGCAAGCGGAAGCACUGACAAAACAAGUGACCGCGGGUCAAGAAAACAUAGAGUCAACAGUGAAGCAGCUCACUGAAGAGAGAGUCCAGCUCCUCACCACUCUUGAUCUUCUCAGUAAACAGGAAUCUCAUAUUGAGGCUCAACUCGGUGAGCUGGCAAAAAAGCUGAAUCAAGCAGUGGAGGACAAACUUCAGCUGGAAGAAACCAAUAAUCAGCUGAUGGAAAAGAACAUGGCUCUGCAGUGCUGUGAAGUCCAGCUAAUGGAGGAGAAGCGGCGAUCCCAAGCGAGCGUAAAAAUGCGUGACAAUGAGGUGGCUUCUCUGCGAGAGGAGAAGGAACGCAUCCAAAACCUCCUUCAGUCUUCUGAACUGGAGUGUCACAGGAUGAAGAAUCAGCUUGAGAUGACAGAAAAGAGAAUGGAGGAAGAGAAAAGAGCAAGGAACCAGCAGUUUGAAACGGAGCAGGGUGAACUGAAUCAGAAGUUGUCGUGCUUACAACAAGAGCUGAGCGUGUUCAAGCACCAGUAUGACUUGCUGCUGGAACAGGUCGGCCAGCAGCACCUCCUCAUAGAGCAGCUCUCAAAACUCCAGGACCAACAGAGCCCCCAAGAAAAGUUGAGUUCCACAGAGCCUGAAAAUGCAGCCAUCAGUGCAGAGGCAAUAAUCCACAUUCAUGCUGAACCCAUUGUGGAACCUGCAUUAGACUCUUCGGCAGUAAAUGAGUCCAAAUUGGAGAAAUUCUCAAUCCAACCUGAUGAGGCCCCCAGUGAAACAGAACCUGUCCUCAAGACGGAAGUAAUCGAACCAGAGAUAAUCGAGGAACACAUGGAGGAAGAUAGAGAUGCAUGUGUCGAAGAUGGACAUGAAAUGCAGGAAAUUAAAAAGCAGCUAUUUGGUCAUGAUGAGGUUCCUGAGGAGAACCUUCCCUGGGGCGUCCUUGAAAAUGAAGCUGAACCGGCACUAUGCUCCUCCUCUGCAGAGGAGACUAGGGAGCUACACUCUACCAAGACAGAGCUUUUGCAGUUACAAAAUGACCACGAAGAACUCUCAAAUCGGGAAGAGGAAAUCCGUUCCCUGCUCUCAGAGAUUGACCUGCUCACCUCCGACCUUGCACUGAGGAAGGAGCUGACCUCAGACCUCCAAGUGCAAGUUCAAAACUUGGAGCAGAAAGUUGAUGCAGCAGAAGAAGCAGCGCGUUGUGCAGCAAAUAAGAUGGACAAUGUUCUGAAGGAGAAGAAUAGCCUCUUUGAUCAGUUGUCUCAGCUGUCAGAGGCCAGGGAAACAUUAACACUGCAGCUCCAAACAGCUAAAUGCCAGCUAACUGAUGUUAUGGAGAUGGUGGAGGGACUAGAAAUGGCUAAAGGCGGGUGGGACGAUAAAUUCCUUCAGCAGGAGAGCGAGCUGAAGAGGGUUCGCUCAGAGAAAGCCAACCUGGAGCAUCACAUCCUUGGCAUGGAGUGUGAGCUGGAGGCCCUGCAGGAGGAGCGGAGCAAGCUGGGGGAUGAGCUGGAAACUCAAAGGAGGAUGUGCUUGGGCUUGGAGCAGCAGAUAGAAACGCUCUCCGCUGAGACAAUCCACCUGAGAUCUGAGUUGGUUUCCUGCACUGAGGAACGAGAGGAGCUGAGCCAGACUGCAGGCCAGUGGCGAGAGAAGGUACACGGGCUAGAGAAGUCCAACUGUGAUACCAGGUCUUUAAUUUCCAUCCUGGAGGAGGACAUCAGAGCAGGGAAGAGGGAGAAUGAAGCCCUGCAAGUCAACAUGGACAAAAUGAAGACAGAGAGCCAAUGGCUGUUGGAGCAGAUGAACGUGUUGGAGGAAGCCAUGUCUCAGCAGAGUGGAGAGAAGGAACAACUGAUUGGGCAGCUUGACAAAAUUAAAGAUGAUAACACAACUGCUAAUCAAAACACAGAGACCUUGUUCAGCAAAAUCCAGGCUUUGGAGGGAGAAGUGCGACAGCUCACGCAGUCUUUGGAGUCUUCUCUACUGGAAAAGGGAGAAAUCGCCUCUCGUCUGAACUCCACACAGGAGGAAGUCCAGCAGAUGCGGAGCGGCAUUGAAAAGCUCCGCGUUCGCAUCGAAUCUGACGAGAGGAAGAAGAAGCAGAUGGGUGAACUCCUCAAAGCUGCUCAGAGGAAGUCUGACUCACUGCAAGACCGAAUUGAUGCUCUGCAGCGAGAGAAGGAAGAUGUAGAGCAAGACCUUGAGGAAGCUGUCCUUCAGGCUGAGACCACAAAAUCUGAGCUGGAGGAGGAAAGGACAAUGGUGGAGGAAGAGAAGAGAGGUCUUAACGAGGAGUUCUUGAAGCUUUCUGCCACUCUGGACAACCUGAGAUCCGAGAAGGAGCAACUGGAGCGAGAGCUGCAAACGAAAAGAGUAGAGCUGGUGGAGCUGAAGGCUGCUAAGGAGGAGCUGGAGCGAGGGCUGGAGAGGGCAGAGAUAGAUCGUAGAGAAGAGCAGGAACGGCACAGGUGCAGCGUGGAGGAGUUAGAGAGGGGGGUGAGGGCGCAAGCAGAGAAGCGAGUGGACAACCUCCAAGCGCAGCUUGAAGCAUCUCAUCAGCGAGAGCUGUCCUUUCAAGAAAAUAGUGCAGAAAUGCAGAGGGAGCGACAGAGAAUGAAGAGCCUCCUGGAGAAGCUGGAGGAAGAGAAACAACAGCUUCAGAACUUGCUGGAGAAGUGGAAGAUGGAUGGAGAGCAGUGGGAAGGGCAGAAAAAGAAUCUGAUGACUCACAUUGAGAGUUUGGAGGAAGACGUUUUAAAAGCCAGAGAUGCAGAUGACAAGGAACAGCUAGAAGGAGAAAACAAACGACUUCUAGAAGAAAAAGAGAGACUAAAGCAGGAGAACGAGACUGUCCGUUCUACCGAGGAGAAGCAAACUGUACUAAAGCAGGAGAGAGAUAGAACAGAGGAGGACAGACAGAGGCUGGAGGGGGAGACAAAGAAGCUUCAGACAUCAUUGUCGUUGCUGGAAGAAGAGAAGAACAGUUUGUCCUCUGCUCUUUCUCUGCUGGCACAAGAGAAUCAGAGAACUGAAGAAGAGAAGGUGAAAAUGUCACAGGAGCAACAGAGCCUUCAGUCCACAGUUGCCUCCUUGGAGGAGAAGCUGGAAACUCAGCAGCUCUCGGUCUCAAAGCUCAAUGAGCAGGUGUCUGAGCUGUCGUCUCGUGUCGCUCGCGUGUCCAAGGAGAGAGACGCCGCCUCCAGCAAGUUGACCCUUUGGAUGAAGACUUGCAAACAGCUGGAGCAAGAGAAGCAGCUCAUACUGAGUGGCUCAGAUGGACUGCACAGUGAGGCGGCGCAGGUGGAGGAUACACAACUGCAGAUUCAAGCCGAGGAGAGGAAAAAGGUGGUGGAGGAGCUGAAGUCGUCCCUUAAAGAGGCGAGAGCGGAGUGUGAGGAAAGAGGCAAAGAGGUGGAGGAGCGCAAGGCUGCCCUGGAAUCCCGAAGCAGAGCUCUGGAGGAGGUGAAAGGUGAAGUUAAAGAAUUGGAACAGCUUUUGGAGGAGAAGACAAAGGAGGUGGACGACACCAUGAACAAAUACUGCAGCUUGAUGUUGGAGGUGCACAAGUUGGAGGAGGCCAACGAGAUGCUGACGACGAGGCUGGAGUACUUAACGGCGAGCAAACCCUCCAACAAAGACAGCAUAAUUCACUCCGGCGCCGCUGACGGCCGCAGACGCUCAGCAAGGUCCUCUACCAAAGGUCUGGAUGACAAAACCGAGAACACGCCUCCUUCUACUCCUCAGAGGUUACCGCAGGGCAAUGGAAAGAGGGGUCACAAACACGUGAAUAACAAGGACAGUGCUCAGGAAGCUCUUCACAACCUCACUAAGAAGAUCAGAGCCAACGCUGUGACCACGCCACAACCAAGAAAUGAGCAGGAGGAUGAAUUCAGGCCUGAGGGACUUCCAGAGUUGGUACAGAGAGGCUUUGCUGACAUCCCCCUGGGGGAGGCCAGCCCCUUCAUCAUGAGGAGAACCACUGUGAAGCGCUGCAGCCCUCGACUGGCUGCCAGACACACGUCAGACAAUAAGGUGUUGUUCCCUUUACUCCAGCAGAGUCCUUCCUCUACUGACAAUUUCGAGGAAGCCGCCGCUCCUCAUUCAGAGGAGUCGCCGGAACAAGACGACAACUGUCAUGUUCAGUGAGCAAAACAGUUGACAUUUACAGUAAUUACACUCCACUUUUUUAGCACAAUUUAGUUUUUCAUUUCAAUCUUAACAGUUAGCAUGCACCAGUUCUUCAUUUUAUUUUUGAGUGUUUCAUUUAUAGGUCAUAUGGAAGCAGCACUAUGGACAAAGAAACCUCCACAGUGUUAGAAUACGUCGGUACUUGCACGCCGCUGUUAAUUUAGUUGUUUUGCUCACUUUCACAUUGUUACACUGUCAUGUGCUGUGUAUAUUUCAUUGUCAACUCGAUUGUGAUCUCAGCCUGUGCUCCUUCUUUGCACAGCCGAGAUGAUAUUUCCCAUUAAUUCUUUGUACCGGCACCUACGUUCCUUCUAACGGCAGCUACCUUUUAAUGUCCUUUUCUGUGCUUGGACUGCUUCACCUUUUAUUGACAAUUAUAGCCUGGUAACAUCUGAAUGUGUUUCUCUUAUCGCAGAUGAACUCUCUAGCAUAUUUGUAUUUAAACUAUAUUCGAAAUAUGCUUAUUGUUAAUGUUUAGGUGUAUGAGGUUAGUGA